GGGCGCGCAUGCACGGGCGGUGCAGUAUCAGUAGAGUUGAGAAUUCCGAAGCGCGUGUACUUAGUUUUGAAUUCUCGCGAUCCGCAUUCCUCAAUUUUAAUUUCGCAAGAGUGCAAGCGUGCGAGAGAAAGAGACAUACUUCGUUAUCUCCACGCAUGUUUAAUCCUUUUUCUCUCUCCUGCUAUUUCACCCGAUUUCCUCUCUGUUUUUCUUUCAUUGAAACUCCGUCGAGCAUUCUUUAUCUUCGACGUUCCAUCUCUCUCAUGUUUUCUUCCUUUUCUUGCUUCUCUACGCGCUCUGUCUCUCUCUCUCUCUCUCUCCGCCCGUAUCUCCCUCCCUCUCUUCCUCCCAUCGAGUCACGUCGCUUCUUGCGAUCUACAGCCAGCGCGCAUUUGCGUUUACCAGUGAGAGCGUUCCUGAAAGCACGAUAGUCGACUGUGACGACGUGUGAGGACUCGCGUUUCGGAGGAAGAGAGAUCGUCGGGAACAGCGAACAGGAUCGAAAACGCCAAGUCCAAAGAAAAAAACGAGAUAGAAGAGACGAUAUUGGGAACGUGCCUGGUGACGGAAUUAAAUCUGCGAGAAUCGAAGGAAUCGCGCACGAUAAACGCGCAGAUAGGAGCGAUCAAGCAGAGCCCCAGAUUACAUCGCUGAGGGGGAAAAAAAAUAGAAGAAAAGAGGGAAAGAGAAAAGGAACGAAACGCGUACGCGACAGGCGAGGCGACUUUACGACUCUCUCGGAGGAGUGUCGCUCGCCCUCGCGCGCGCUCGCUCUCCGGCUCCCUCCCUUCCAGUCCCCCUCUCUCCUACCUCCCCCCUCUUCGCACUCGCACCACCCUCACCUCGCGCGCGGUUCCUCUACGCUUUAGCAGUCUUUCCUCUCCUCUUCUUUUCCUUACCCGCUAUCUUUCCUCCUCUCUCUUUCUCUGUCCCCCCCCUCUCUUCCCCCCUACUCGCCGUGUCGCCGGCCUCUCCCCCCAACCAUUCUCUCCCCGUCUUUGCCGUCUUUGCGCUCCGGCUCCUUUUCUUUUAAACGCUCCUUCGUCAGUACGUCUCCGCCCGUCCGCGCGCGUUUGGUGAUCUUCUGUGAUCGGAGAGAGAACAACUCCGCCGUUCUCCGUCCGUUCCGACACCGCGCUGCCGCCGCUACCGCCACCGCCACCGCCACCAUCGCUGUCGCGAUCCGCUCCUCUCUAACUCGUCUCCCCUUGAGUGUUGCAUUAAGCGUGCCCGCGCGCGCCCAACACGCGCCAACAUUCGCCAUUGAAGGAACCGAGUACAAUUUGCGAUGUGUGAUAAUACUAACACGACGACGCAGAGUAUAGCGGACUACCUGUCACAAUUGUUGAAGGACCGGAAGCAGCUAGCUGCCUUCCCAAAUGUCUUCAUUCACGUGGAGCGUCUUUUGGACGAGGAGAUUGCGAAAGUGCGGGCGAGCCUUUUUCAAAUCAGCGGAGUGAAGAAGGAGCCGCUCGUCUUGCCGGAAGCCGAGGGCGACCUCACGACGCUCACAGAGAAGGUCUACGUGCCCGUUAAGGAACACCCAGAUUUCAACUUUGUCGGGAGGAUUUUAGGGCCACGGGGUAUGACCGCGAAACAACUGGAACAAGAGACAGGAUGCAAAAUCAUGGUGCGCGGAAAAGGGUCGAUGAGGGACAAAAAGAAGGAGGAACAGAAUCGGGGCAAGCCGAAUUGGGAACACCUGACGGACGAGUUGCACGUGUUACUCACUGUCGAGGACACCGAGAAUCGUGCCACCGUGAAGCUCGCCCGCGCUGUCGAGGAAGUCAAGAAGCUGCUCGUGCCCCAGGCUGACGGCGAGGAUGAGCUAAAGAAGAGGCAGCUAAUGGAACUCGCCAUUAUCAAUGGGACUUACCGGGAUUCGAACACAAAGGUUGCCGCCGCGGCAGUGUCACCCGUUGUUGCAGCCUGCGACGAGGAGUGGCGGCGGGUAGCCGCCGCCGCGGCGGAGACUCAACGCCUGUUGCCGGGCCUGGCGACGCCGAUGCGGACUCCGAGCGCGCCCCUGGGCGCGCCCCUGAUCCUCUCGCCGCGGAUAUCGGUGCCGACGACCGCCGCGUCCCUGCUGAACGGUUCCGGACCGCCCGGCUCGCUCCUGUCGGCCGGCGAUCCUCACGGACUCAUCUACACGCCGUACGCGGACUACGCCAACUAUGCCGCCCUGGCCGCAUCGCCGUUGCUCACCGAGUAUGCCACUGCUGAUCAUUCUGGCGCAGCGGCGGCCGCUGCCAAGCAGCGUAGGCACCUGGGUCAGAUCCGCGAGCACCCUUAUCAAAGGGCCGGCGCUCUCUCGUGAACACACAGAGACGAUACGAGUACACAGAGAGAGCGAGAGAGAGAGAGAGAGA